AUGCCGCCAGCUAAACCCUCUCGGAGAUUCUCAUUCUUCGGCCUCACCUCCACUGCCGCCGCCACGUCCGGCGGCGCAAAUGUAGACCCGCCGCAGCUGAAACUGGAGGCCGACAGGGAAGUCUACAGACCCGGCGAUCCGAUCACCGUCACCAUCGAGGUAAAAAACCCCACCAAUUCGUGGUCGCUUCUGAUGGAGAAACUCAGCUUUGAGAUUAAAGGGAUCGAGAAAUUGGACACUCAGUGGUUCAGCACGCCUAAGCCUAGUCCUGAUUAUAAGCAUCGCCGAGGUGAGUAUAUAUUCAUGGAUUGCUCAGCUCCAAGUGUCGUCUCUAAUCAAAUAAUCUCCAGCAGGGCCACCAAAACUUAUGUCUUAAAAGCCCUUCUACCAAGCCUAAUACCUCCAUCUUACAAAGGGGCAACAAUACGUUAUUUGUACUAUGUUCGGAGUACCUUGUCUGGCCAGUAUCUGAUUCUGGAAGAUGGAACCUCCCGGAGAGAGUCGAGACAAGAGUUUUCUGAAGUGGAAGUUCGAAUACCUCUGCAGAUAUGGAUUAUUCAGAAAAACAACAGCAUGCUCAGUGAAGAAAAUCGAGCUGAUGGGACAGUUCCUUUAUCACCCAUCAUCCUGGAUGCAUACUGGAAAGAAACAGAUUCUGAUUCUGAAUGGGCUAAAGCGAACGAGACUUCUGAUGAAGCUGAAGAAGGGUAUGAGAGUUCAAGGGAUGAGAUAUUGUCUGUUUCUUCCUACAACCCCAUGAAGGAUGAUUUAAACAAACCUUUUGGGAGUUCAUUGUCAUUACAGUCAUUUGCAGCGAGGUCUUCAAAUCGCGGGUCACUUUAUGUUGAAGGACGGGCUAGCAUAUCCUCAAACAUGGGAAUCCCUCCUUUGUCUGUGGCUGAGGUCUCACAGGAUUCUGCUGGCGACAGGUCUCCAACUAUUUUAUCUUCCAAUCAGCCAAGACAUUUCAAAUCCCUCACCGCAGAUGAGGACUCGAGACUACCAUCUGCCUCCGUACCUGUCGAAUCUGGAGCAUCAGAAGGGUUUGCUCGAGGGAGGUCGUACAAUAUCAGACUGGAUGACCAAGUUCUGCUGAGAUUUUCACCUAAGAACUCUGAAUCAACUUACUACUUUUGUGAUACGAUAGGUGGAACCCUUACUUUCUUUCAUGAACAAGGGGCUAGGAGAUGCCUUGAGCUGUCAAUAACCUUGGAGAUGACAGAGACAAUAAGUCGAAAUAAUGUCCAUCCUUCUCGAAGGCACUCCCCUAGUAUUACCAAGGUUCACAGUGAUCACCAUGAGGUUGUAGCAGAUUUAGUCCAGACGAGCUUUCUCUUCUCCAUUCCAAUGGAUGGGCCUAUGACCUUUUCUACCCGAUAUGUCUCUGUGCAAUGGGCCCUUCGAUUUGAAUUCCUUACAACCCCAAAGAAUGUGGACUGGACAAGGUUUGAGCAUCCUCUUCUGAUAGAAGGAAGGGACAAAUGCGAAUGGGUUCUUCCGAUUACUGUGCAUGCACCACCUUCUUCAGGGGCGGCAGCCGCUCAACUAAGAAACGAGAGGCCUUUCUCUUUGGAACCUUUGUGGGUUAGGACAUGA